AUGUCUGGUGCGGUCGGAAGGGAUACGUUAGCUGAAAUAGCAACGAUACCCUCCGCCAAGUCAAAACAGGUCGUGGUGACGCGUAAAACGUCCACCAUUCGAAUCACGAGGACGAUCAAAGGCACGUCGAAAAGAGUGACCUUUGGAUCAGUCCCGAUCCAAGAAGACGGACCUACGAACGAGGUGUUCGAGGCCGUAGAAGACAAGAUGCCGGAUGCAUCCUCUAACGAGGUGCUCCAGCAUGUCUUAGGAUCUGCCGAAGAGAUAGUAAAUCUCUCGGAGAUGUCGUGGGAUCUAUUCCUAUCCGAGUUAAAGGAAGGAAAGAUCCACAAAGUAGUCGUACCAGUCCCCACAGUAAACGUGGCGGACUGUUGCUCAUCGUCCACGAUGGAUGAGAGCGCCUUGGAGACCGACAAAGAAAAACGGUACGCUGCUUAA